CAGUGACAAGGCUGGAUGUUUAACUCGCUGAGCCACAUGGGAACUCCUGAACAUCUCUAUUUUAGAGCCUCUUUUUGUUUUGUGAAUGCGAAGUUUUAUCUUUUUGUGUGUUGGAGCCCUUAAGAUGUCACCUCCGCCUUCUCUGUCCUUGUCGUGCAGCCCAUAGGGGAGACCUUAAGGCCCGUGUGGGGGCGGAUGGAUAAGUGCUACCCUGUGACUGCUCAGGUGGGUACGGGCUGGGCCCUCCCCCGGAGUGGGGGCUGUCCUGGGCACCCGUGGUUGGCCUUGGUAAGAGGAUGGGCCAGGCAGGGAAGGACUCCCAGACCCUCAUAGAUUUACGUCACUUCUGUCGCCCUCUGUAGAGACGCAGAGUCAAGCGUGGGAAGAAGCAAGGCUUCGAGGUAAGUGAGGCCUGUCCUGGAAGGCCCAGGCCGGGCUCUCCCCUGUCAGACUCAGCUCACGGCACCUCGAGUCCCAGGGAGAGUGGCAGGGCGCCUCCAGGAGACUCACAGCCCUACUGCAGCUCGAGCUGAGAAAGGAGGGACUUCUUUGGAAAAACAAAGACCUACACACAGUCCAAGCGUGGGGAACAGGGAAAUGACCAGGGGAUCAGAGGGCCUUUCUGCCCAUAUUCUCCCCUCUCGACCCUCCCAGCAGGCCAUGACCCCUGCGGCAGCGGGAGGACUGAAUGAUGCUGCCCCCAAGGAGGAGACUGGCAUUUUGGCCCAGGCCGAGGGGGAGGAAGCCGCCAGCCCCAUUCCUGCUGGGAAGGAGGUGGCCGAGGAGGUGGCGGUGGCAGGGACCUCAGGCUGGGAGGAAAAUAAAAAGGUCCCAAAGGAGACUGCUGCCUACACCUCUGAGGCUUCUGAGGUGGAUGUCAAGGAGGAAAGGCCUGGAGGCUGGGUCCCCCAGCUCCUGAGGACGCUCUGGCCAGGCUGGUUCCCAGCCUCUGAGAUCCCCAAGACUCAGGACCAUGAAUGA